CUAAUCAUCACACAUAUGAUUUUAUUGUCAAGUAGAUUUUUAUUCAGCACACAUCUACACAAUUUAUCAGACGCUCACUGAAUUGUUCCGCUUUAUCGUCCGCAAUUAUGUUCGACUGGUUAUAUUCGCCAGCUAUGCUUGGUGUGCUUAUUGCCCUCUUUCCCAUAGUCGUUGCUCUCAGCAAAAUCAUACGACAACGGAGGAGGACUCGUACAAUGCGCAUCAGUGAACGCCUAAGCGAUUCGACUUCACCCGAAUCGGUGGCAGGCGACGAGCCCGAGAAGUCCGAAAAGAAACGGCGCAAGUCCAACGCUCUUAUUGAUGAUCAGCAACUGCUGCUUAUGAGAGGCACUGUCGAUCUGAUCACCUACCGUCUCUCCCUAAUCGAGUCCAGCAUCUACAAGGAUCUCAAUCCGAAGCCACAUCUGACUCACGAGGAGUACAUGGCCGCAGCUAAGCAAAUGAAGGAUCUCGUGCGUCUCUUGAAGCAUAUGCCAAAACUCCCAUUGUCAAUGAUGGAAGAAUCCAUGGACAUAUCUGAGGGAAAUCUUUGAGUAGAGCAAUUCGAUAGAACCCAGGGUCGUUUCAUUUGCAAUUUGACAGGACGAUGAAAUUCACCCUGAUUU